AUGACUACAAAUUUAUCAGAAGAAAAUAUUUUAAAACUAUUAGAUGAAGCUGCCAGAACAGAUCCGAACAUUAAAAUUAUAAUUACAAUAAAACAAGCAUUAGAAUAUAUUGAUACUACUAUUGAAAACAAUCAUGGACAAUUAAAAACAACAAUUUAUCAUAAAUCAGCUUGGGAACCUAAUAUUCUUUCUUAUGAAUCUGAUCAUCUACGACAUGUGCAUGCCAGCAAUAUUUAUACAAUGUUAGUCAGAGCAGCACGUAUCUGUUCCACUGUGGAAGAUUUUGAUAUGGAACAAUUAAGUGCAGAAAUGAUUUUAUUAGUUAAUGGCUAUCCACCAAAAUUUAUACAACAUCAUUUAAAAGAUUUCUUUGUUACACAUGAUGCUGUCAGAGUGUGA